AUGACAAGUACUGAUAGAAAAAGUUCAAUAUCUACUACCUUAUCACCAAAUAAUACCUUAACACAACAUUCCUUUGAACCUGCUUCAAAAAUCGAUCAGCAUGUUAGAUAUCAAUUACAAGAAGAAUACAAAGCACUCUUUUUUAGAACAAGAAAUAAUACAACAGAAUUAUAUGAAGAGCUUAUUAUUCGAUUAUAA